GUUCUGGUUUGGAAAAUGAAUUUGUGAAGUUUUGGAGCUACGAGUCGUGGGCCUCAUGGCCAUUGUCCUCUUUUCUGUAAAGCCUCCUUCGAUUCUCGUUCCUCUCCACUCCACUCCAUCGAAAACCCUAAACCCCGCUUCUCUCCUUCUGUUCCGCAACCCUAGAUCAAAUUCUUACCAUUCUGCUGUAGGUAACAAUGGCGCAAUUGAACCAGAGGAAGAAGUUCAUGGCCAUGGAGGUCGGGCAGAAGGCUAUGGAGGGCUUCAGUUUGAAAGCAGCGUGGCGGUUGGAUCAAAGAAGGAACGGAUCGAUUCAUGGCUCUCUGCUCGCAUUGGCGAUGUUAGCAGGGCUCGUAUACAGUCGAGCAUACGCCAGGGGUUCGUCAAAGUGAAUGGACUCCCUAUAACUAAGGUUUCCCAUAUUGUCAAAGUAGGCGACAUGGUUGAUUGCACAGUUUCUCACUUACAACCAUUAAAGGCUGAGCCAGAGGAUAUGCCUUUGGACAUUAUAUAUGAAGAUGAUCAUGUUCUUGUUGUGAACAAACCUGCACACAUGGUUGUUCAUCCAGCCCCUGGUAAUGCUAAUGGUACACUUGUAAAUGGCAUUCUUCAUCACUGUACACUUCCUGCUUUUGGACUCCCAGAUGGCGAAUUGACUUCUGAAUCAGAUGAUGAAUGCGACAAUGGAUUAACCAUGUUUAAUCCAGACCCAAUAUCCACUCAGUGUAGAUCUUCUAUUCGCCCAGGCAUUGUUCACAGAUUGGAUAAAGGAACGAGUGGGCUACUUGUGGUUGCCAAGAAUGAACAUUCCCAUGCCCAUUUAUCUGAGCAAUUUAAGCUCCAUACAAUUCAUAGACAGUACAUCAGCCUUACGUGUGGUGUUCCUUCUCCAAGUAAUGGAUGCAUUGAGAUCCCAAUAGCUCGUGAUAUGAAUAACAGGAUCCGCAUGGCUGCUGUUUCCGGGCAAAAUAAUACCAGGAAAGCUCGCCUUGCUACCAGUAGAUACCAUGUAAUGGAGGUUCUUGCUGGAGGUGGUUCUGCCCUCGUGGAGUGGAGAUUACAAACUGGACGGACCCAUCAGAUCCGAGUCCAUGCCAAGUACAUAGGGAACCCUCUAUUGGGUGAUGAAGUUUAUGGAGGAACCAAAAGCAUGGCACUUUCAAGACUUCGGCCCAGAACUCCAUCACAUUAUCAUGGCCCUCUAUCUCAGCUUGUCUCCAAUCUGCAAAGGCCCUGCCUCCAUGCUUUUUCUCUUGGGUUUAAACACCCUCAUAGCAAAGAAAAUGUCCUGUUUACAUGCCCACCGCCUCCUGACUUCGCCGAAGUCUUACGCCAGCUACAAAGCAUCAGAUCCAGCAAUGUUCGGUGACUCUUGUCUGGGAGGUGGGCUCAACCAUGCAUUAUGGAAUCAUGGUGGCCUUGGUGAUCAAACUGCUUCGCUGAGUUUGUUUCUUUGCUGAGACUAUCCCCCUCUUCUCAACCCAUUUCUCACUGUUUGUGUUCCCAUGGUUGAACGGGGACUGAUUAUUGGCAGUGAUAUCUGUUUAUUUCACAGAGUUGAUUGUGUUUUCAUACACUAGUGAUUCUGUUUACUUACAACAGUGAGUCUCAUCAUUUUGUAUUGCAGUGAACAACUACUUUUUAUGUAAUGAAGCUCGACAUUGGAAGGCACUGCUAGUUUGCAUCUAUAGAUCUCACCAUUUAUCUCCAUUGUAAUUGAUUAAACAGAACUAUUUUGUAAAUGAAUUAAUUUAUAAAUGCUUCACCUCAUGUGUUCUC